AUGCAGCCUCGUAUCCGGAACGCUUUCGAGCCUAGCGAUCGAUCGAUAAUGGUCGGUGCUGACAGCGAAACGGGUUCCCCUGCUGCCCCUGAAGACGACGAAAAGGAAAAGAAAGAGGAAAAAGAUGAUGAGAAGGACGAGGAGGAACACGAGGACAGUUUGUACGACGAAGAACAAGCAGAACCAGUUUUGAAUAAAUUUUUUUAA